AUGGCUUUACUUGCUAGCCACCUCGAGCAGAUCUCACUGUCUUCCAAGUCAAUUGUACAGCUGGAAUUCCCUCCACCCAAAAUCUUUACCAAUGCCCUGCUUGGACAUCAUGAAAUCACCACCUUGAUCCGUGACACUGAAUCUCAUGAGCGGGCCCUGUUCUCCAUCAACCCAAGUGCCAUCAACGCGCCCAAUCGGAGCAGUUCUAUUCGACCUCCUCUCGUUGAAAGUGCCUUGCACGGUCGGAAGAGCCUGUUUCCCUCGGUGCAGCCAGUGAGACAAUCUGCUGUCACAAGGCUCUUGGGCACUGAAAUGCUGCGAGAGAUCAGACAGUCCACCAGCAAUACUGCACGAUCUCAAGAACGUGUCAAUGUCGAAGUCCUACUUCGUGGAGCAGAGAAACUCUGCCAAGUAUACGCUGUUCCGGGCGUACCAGACAAAAUCCUAACGCUGCGAAAGCGACAUGGAGAAAUUUCAGCAUCUUUGGUCUCGGUGGAAGAGAGGGUCCAGCAGCAGCAAACCUUGUCAGAUCGCCGAAAUAAAGGUUUGAUAGAUGAAGAAACGGGUGAUGGAGGUGUACCCGACCUGGAUGUAGUCUCCCAGGAUACUCCCACUUUCACUUUGGAGGAUUUUCAAGCCGAAGAGGAGGAAAUUCGAGAGCUAGAAGCCAGGAAGAAGACCCUAGAAGACAGAAUUUCGGGUAUAGAACGAGAUCUCGGUGGGUUGAGGUAA